AAAAUCCCUAGACAAAUCAAUCAAAAUUUAGGGUUAUUUGCAGAAACAACUUUUUUUAAAAUUAUAAAUCGAAAACCCGUUAAAAUGUCGUUUAGUUUUGGGACUUCUACCACUAAAAGUGCAACUGGGUUUACAUUACCAGUAAAUACAACUGCAGGAGCAACUCCAGCCAAGUUUAGUUUUUCUGGAGGAGCUGGUGAUCCGAAUAGCACGAGUGGAACUGAAGCCAAAGCACCUAAUUUGUUUGGUUCAAGUUUUGGUUUAAGCAGUACUACGGUUACUACAUCUACACCGUCUACUUUCCUUGGUCCUUCCCUUACGACAUCAGCUUCAACCGGACUCACUUUCGGUCAAUCAGCCACUCCAUCUGCUCCUCAGUUUAGUUUAGGUUCGAGUCUCGCAACUACUACGACUACCGCCUCUAGCAUUCUAAACUUUGGUGCAACACCAAUCAGCUCUGCAGCACCUGCUUUCUCGUUAACAUCAACAACUACUACAACCUCCACACCUAUAAGUUUCUCGACGUUAGGUGCUGUUUCAACAUCUGCACCAGCAUUCCCCGCGGGAACAGCCUUAACAACUUUAACCACAUCAGGCAUUUCAACAUUACCAGCUACUGGUUCUAUGACAUUUGCGCAACUGGAAGACACAAUUAAUAAAUGGACUUCUGAUCUAGAAGAGCAAGGAAAACUGUUCGGAAAUCAGGCUCGUCACCUCAACGCUUGGGACCGACUACUAAUCUCAAACGCGGAAAAGAUUUUAGGAGUCAGUAACGGAAUAGAACGUAUCAAACAGCAACAAGAUCAAUUGGAUCAAGAUCUUGAUUUUGUAUUGGCACAGCAGAAGGAACUGGAAGAUUGCAUCGCUCCUUUAGAAAAAGAACUGAGUGAAAUUGUUGUAAGCGACGUUGACAGAGAUCAGACUUACAAAUUAGCUGAAAAUAUCGAUACUCAAUUGAAACAAAUGUCAGAGGAUUUAAAGGAAAUAAUCGAACAUUUAAAUGAGGAUACCAAUAAAGUGCAGGAAGCAUCUGAUCCGAUUGCUCAAAUUGGACGCAUAUUAAAUGCACAUAUGAAUUCCCUACAGUGGAUUGAUCGGAACACCUCUCAAAUAAGUUCACAUUUGGAUGAAAUAUCGAAAAUGCACGAUCUUAACCGUAGAAACCAUGAAACAUUGCAUGGAGCAUAACUUACCUAUUUUGUUUAUUGUUUUGUAUUGAUUCAACAUUCAAUUAAAGAACAAGUUUUGGUUACUACUGAAACAGAAAAAUACAUUGUCAAAUAUUGUGUUAAAUUAUAGUUAUCAGUCUUUU